CUUCGCGAGAUGACUUUCCGAAAAUAUUUGCCUUUGGUGAUUCCUUUAGUAUUUUUCAAAGGUUCCGCAUCAAUUACAACCAAUUUGACAAAUAAUUACGCAGAAGUUUUAUGGAAUUUGUCUAACGUCGCACUUCAAAGUCGUCAAAAUUAUCCCAACUUCCCUUACCAACAAAAUCAACCACAACGUUACAAACCAUACAAAUACGGGUAUGGUUAUCCCGAAAAAUACGUACCGUAUUAUCCGGAUUAUCUAACGAAUGAAGUGAUACCACCCUACAGACCAUAUAGAUAUCCACCGGCACCACACAAGCAACCCAUAAGGCCAACUCAACAAACUAUCAUGGACGCAUUGUUUUCGAUAGCACAGAAUGACGAUCUACAGUGCGUCCCAAAAUUAGUUUGUGAAUUAGCCUCCGGUACGAUGACAAGUAGACAACGACAAGGAUUAAACUUACCACUCAAUAUAAAUGGUGACACUCUACUGGCAUUCAUCUCCAGUUUGAAUAGCGCCCAUUCUUCUCCAGUGUUACACUUCGGAAAGGCAGCUGUCUUGGGAUUCGCUGCUAAGCGCAACACGGGAUCAUGUUCCGCAUUUUACUCGAGAUGUCCGUCAGAUCCGGAAAAACUUAUACAAUACUUAAACAACCACAACGGUGGAUUUUUCAGAUUUUUCCAAGGACUCGGCCAACAGAACAAUGACGCUCAUUAUCAAAAGCAAUUUGCUGAGAAGCGCAUUUUAAAUCAACCGUUUAAUGAAUUUAAAUACUACGAUAACAGCGAUGAUUUAUCCAAUAAUAUUCAAUCUGAAGUCAAAUUCCCAGAAUAUAAUUCACGCUUAUUAUCCCAAUUAGUGUUUCCAUAUUUUGAUGAACCAAAAAUAAACAGAGACGUCGAAAAAUUACACUUUCCGAAUGAUGACAAAGUGCCUUACAGAAAAUCUAAAAAAUUGAAUUUCGAUACCGUAGUGUUCGAAAACCAUGAGAACCAUUUGGAUAUACAAAAACCAUUGCCCAAUCACGUUCCCGAUCCCCAUAUAUUUCCGGAUCGUACCGGAACCGGAGAACUCAAAUUGGAUUUUCACCAUCACUAUACCAGAGAUACACCUUAUUUUAGCUUUCCAAAUUAAAUCAAAAAUUCAAAAUAA